GGCGUCUCUGCGCUCCUACUGUGGCCACCUCAAGCACGUCCUGAAUCAGAAUAGCCAAUGGGUGCUUGGCCUUCAGAUGGUUCAGGACUUCACCAGGCCUGCUGCGUACACAGGUGAGCUCAUCGGGGUGGAGUACCUGUACCAGCAAACUGGAUGCGUGCUUGAGGAUGUCAUCCUGGACCCUUGACGCUCCGGACGAGGCUGCUGCUAUCCAGGCGCUGGAGGAGGCGGACGAGGGCUUUGUGGACGACGGUGAGGGCCCCACAGUCUUCGAGCUGGAGCCCCCGUCCGCCAGCACAGCGUCAGCAGCCCGGUCAGGUGAUCCAGCUGACGCACCCAGGUCUGAGCCAUCCAGUCCGGCCGCCCCUGGCCAGGACGCCCCUCCUGAGGCCCCUGAAGGACCGACUCAGAACUCCUCCGACUCUGAGGAGGACAUCCAGGGUCCUGAUGGCCAGCCAGGAUACCAGCAUGUCCUGAAGCUGGCCAAGGCCCUGGUGGAGAUCCGGAACCUUCAGGGGCUCUCUGAUCGCAGGGUAGACAGGCUGAUUGCACUCUGGCAGCGCCUGCCAGAGGCUGACAAGAGGCGAGUUGUCUACCCUGCCAGACACCGGGAGAGGCAGCCCACGGGGCGGUUCAAGGCAGCGAAGGGGAAGAACACCUCCUGUCCUGGAAAGGAGAGUCUCCAACUCUGCCUGCUCGGACUGAACACGGGCCCUGCAAACUGGCCCAGCGCCAGUCGCCUGGUCAAGGCCAUUUGCAGCCAGCUCUGCCGUCUCCACCCCGCCACGGCCCAUGUCGGUGGGGUCCCGAAGACCUGGUGGUCCCUGGUCCUCACCGAUUACGUGGCCAUCAGAGAGGCAGUGCUGGUGAGCCCGCGUUUGAUGGCUCAGACCACCAUCCAGCUCUUCGAGCUAAACCAGCGAACCCUGUCCCAGUGGUUCUGUCGUUGUCAGAAGGCCUGGGAGAGGACUGUACUGGAGCAGGGAACUGGCAUCGUCCCUGCUCCAGUAGUAGCAGACCGGCCUCUCCCUGCUGCCAAACAGCUGUCCCUGGUGCAGGUGGGACAGCGACAGCCCUUUAUUUUCCCUGGACUUCAGGAACAGCCUGGACCUUCAGCUGGAGGUCAGCCAGCCCCUCCUCAUCCUGCAGCCUUUGGCUCUGCUGCUGUUGCUGCUUCUGCUACCGCUGCCGCCGCCGCCACCACCGCAGUUGUUGCUGCUGCUCCUCCUCCUCCUCCUUCUCCUCCUCCUCCUCCUCCUCAUCCUCCAGCCUUCAGCUCUGCUCCUGCAGCCCCUCCUCUUCCUGGACAGACAAAGCUGCCAAGAACAACAGCAUACAGGAAGAGGAAGGCAGCCGAGGCGGCUGCUGCUGCUGCUGCUGCAGGAGAGUGUGGCCUAUAUGCCACUACUAUUAGCACUGUAUUAGUACUAAUUUGCAGUAAAUUAUUGAUUGAGGUGGGCUAGAGUUCAGAAGGUCCGAAGUUCGGCUCUAGGAGCGGAGAAAAGGAGACUGGACACAGGAUUAAGUAUUAAGUGGUACCAGUACAUUAUAUUUAGACAAAAUGACAUACAAUCAUUUAACAAUAAAUCGAAUGGCCAUUCAUAUGGAAAAACACAAUAAAUUCACAAUAAGUGUCCCUUUCAAGUUACAAUCUAAUGUACAAUAUCGAGUGUCCACGUAGGACUUCAUGCAACGCAAUGAGUUCAAAGCCUUUGCCGAGAUGGCAUUUAACGCAACAAUAGUUCAUGAGUUGGGUGUCCAGAGGGAGAGGUAGGUGUCCAUGGAAGGGAGGUGAAUUGUGCAAGUUUGUUAGGUUUGAACGAUUAGUUGCGAGGCAAAGAAUGAAAAGAAAGGGACGGCUGUCUUAAAGGAGCCUCCUAUCAGCCCAACCAGGUAGAGGAGGUGCAGGAGGUCCAGUUCAGUUCACUUCAGUUUAACCCUUAGGGCCCUAGGGGGGUUUAGAUCCGUUUUUGACUAAUUCUGAUUUUACCUCUAUAUUUCACCUUAAAAGCUGUUGAUCUUGCUUUGCUUGGUAUCUUUUUUUUCAGCACAACCUCACCUUUGUGAUUCUAUAAUUAUUUAUACAUUUUGAUAUAAUGAAUGGACACACUUGACCUAAAAUAGUCCGAGUAGAAAAAAAUUGGAUUUUUUUUUGCUGUGGACACCAUAAACAUGUGUAAUGAAUCUUUUUCAGAACGUAUAAUGUAAAUAUAAACUGUUUGUCAUAAAAUAAUGUACAAAUUUAGCAGUAAACAUAGUUAUAUACCACCAUUUGUGCUAAAAUGCAGGAAUUUUUUUUAGGCGUUUUUGCAUAACUAUUUACAAAAUCAUGAGGAGUCACAAUAAAAUUUUACAUAAAU